AUGUUCAACCCCAUCGCGCGACCGAUCGUCGUUUGCAGAGAACAAAUGAGGGCCCCCAAGAGAAAUGGUUCACGCAACACGGGCAUGGUUCGGGCGAACUCUGGCAGUGAGACAGAACUUUCCGUCCGCAGCAAUACCAGCAGUCAGGACGAAAGCCGCUUGUCCGACUGCGACGAAACGGCUUCCACGGUUCGGACAAAGUGGAGCUACGACACGAUGACCACGGUGCCAGAGGUGGCUGAGGCCUUCCGGGGAUUCGCGCACCGGGCGCUGUGCCAGGAGUCCAUCAUGUUUCUGGAGGCAGUCACCCAGUAUGAAAGCGGGGACUACAGCAUUGCGAAGCCUAUAGCCAGUCAGUUCGCGGCGUUCAACGCGAUAGUCAAGCGCUUCGUAGCCGACGGGGCGCUGGAUGAGAUCAACAUCGGCGGUACGGACAAGGAGCGCAUCCUGAAAAUCUUCCAGUGCGGUUCCACCGCGUUUUUCGAAAUGAACGACGCGGGGCGAAGGCUGGUGCUCAACAAGGCAUAUAUCGAGAUCAGGGACAUGCUGGAGACGAAUCUCUUGUAUCGGUUUCUUCACACGGAAGCCUUCAGAACGCUCUUAGCGGAGGCCGACCCUGAUCCCGGACCCUUUCCCGCGAGCGGCGGGCCCUAACACCAGCGGGAACAUGCCGGCGUCGGAACCGGAACGGCCAAUUCUUGUGAAGAUGACAUCAACCACAGCGACAACAGCACCGACAGCGACCUCCACACCAUGCGUACGGGGGGGCGGGGGAGGGCUGUUGUAUUUCAUGCUUCCGCAGUUUUUCUUUUUUUAUGCCGACCGAGGAGGGAGUGUUCGACUGGUUCGGUGUUGCCCUCGAAGGCUUUUUCGCGUGCGGCGGGAUGGUUAGAAGGAACCUUCCCACUUACUGUUAUCUCAGGCCGACCUCAUGGUGGCACCGAGGUUGUUUGCUGGGCCGUCUCGAAUUCUGUGCGGGUGGAUUUUGCGCUGUUCUCGCGCCGGCAAGUUUGUACAGUGUAUGAAGACCUUUGUUCGAUCGUCGUCGAAGCGCGACAAUGAAUGUUGGGAUUUUGCCGGGGUACCGUAGUGUUACUGUAAUCGUCUGCUGGCGGGUGGAGCUUGAUACUCGUUCAUGUAUUAUAGUAGAUUUCCAGGAGUGGGGCUACGGCAGGGGUGUGUGUGUCUUUUUGUCAUUAGCAUCGACCGAGCUCUGUGUAUAGGGAUGGGGGAGGAGACCCAGGACACGCUCACUGGUUUUCUAGGGUCUGGAGAAACGAAGGGGGCGGUGGCUGAGAUUAUCACGCUGUACCGCCCGCGGUCGCUCUGCUGUUUAUUAGAGCUUGAGGUUUGUUUUAGGCACGCUCACUUGUUUCCGGGAGCUACUUGGAAAACCGCACAGCAAUCAAGCGGCUAUGACCAAGGUUGCCACGCUGUACCGACCGUGCCUGUCAUUUUACUGUUUAUGGCGUUGCGGCCAUGUAGCAGGCAGCUCAUGAUCUGCACACGUACGUGGUAGAAGUGUGUUCCAAACGAAUACUCAAACGAGCGGAGUGCACCCAACGGGACUGGUCCGUUCAUGACAAGGCGCAUCGACAUCAAAGGUUGACCUUUCUCUCGUAGCGGUUGUCAUGGGAGAAAUUCCUUUUCCUCAGGUCAAGCCUGCCGAGAAUUUCCCAUCGCGAAUGAAUGGUAAAGAGCAGUGGACGUUGGGGGCCCGUCCGAUUCUCGCCAAGAUAUUGAACAUGCUUCCUCGAUCUGGCAAUGGCCAGUAGCCUUCGCGGGUCUAAAUUAGCAAGCAACAGAUGGAUAAAAUAUGGGAUCAUCGGCGGAAUUGCGGGAGAUGCGGUUAGGGUUCGGGUUUACAUAACCCCUGCUUCUCUAUUUCAUAGAUGAGUGUAAUUUCUUCGCGUAAACAGACCAUAUUGACUGUUGUGUCGGCGCGCAGAUUGGAUUCAGUUUCGAAUAGAAGAUGCAGGUUCGAUUUCCCUCCCGCUCUUGCGUGUGCGGGGUGAAUUGGUGUUGGAAUUCAUCCAUUUCUUUUUGUGCUGCGCUCGUGCAUGUGACUAUGUAGGGUAGAGUUGCUUUUCCUGUUUUCGCAUGACACCCCGCCGGUCCUCAUUGUAACUUGAAU